CGGCGACGGCGACAUGCGGCGGCAGGCGUUGGCGUUAUGGGUGCUGCUGUGGUGGCUGGAUCCCGCCAUGGCGGGCGGUCCCGCAGAUGCCAAAUGGAAAAAAAUAACGGACCAAAUUAAGAAAGCUGUGGAAGUCUAUAAGCCAUGUGUAAAGGAGAAUUGCAGCUGCCACCAAAGUGUCUGGAAGCAGGACCUGGCUCCUUUUCAAGGUGGCAUUUCCAAGGAAAUAAUGUCAGAUGUGGUGAGCCGGAAGCUUGGGACACACUACCAGAUCAUUAAGAACAAACUGUACCGUGAGCAGGACUGCUUGUUCCCUGCAAGAUGCAGUGGAGUUGAGCACUUCCUUCUGGAGAUCAUCAACCGCCUCCCUGACAUGGAAAUGGUGAUCAAUGUGCGAGACUACCCCCAGGUCCCCACAUGGAUGAAACCCAUUAUCCCAGUCUUCUCCUUCAGUAAGACACCUGAUUACAAUGAUAUAAUGUAUCCUGCCUGGACAUUUUGGGAAGGAGGACCAGCUGUUUGGCCAAUUUACCCGACAGGUUUAGGGCGCUGGGACCUCAUGAGAGAGGACCUCAGAAGAUCUGCAGAAAAAUGGCCAUGGAUGAAAAAAAUCUCUAAAGGAUAUUUCCGAGGAUCCAGAACGAGCCCUGAGAGAGAUCCGCUCAUUUUGCUGUCCCGAGAAAACCCAGAACUCGUUGAUGCUGAGUACACCAAAAACCAGGCUUGGAAAUCUGAAAAGGAUACAUUAGGAAAGCCUGCUGCAAAGGAAAUUCCCCUGGUUGAUCACUGCAAAUACAAGUAUCUGUUCAAUUUCCGGGGAGUGGCUGCCAGUUUCCGGUUGAAACACCUUUUCUUAUGUGGUUCACUUGUCUUUCACGUUGGAGAAGAGUGGUUGGAAUUCUUUUAUCCGCAGCUGAAGCCUUGGGUCCACUACAUCCCAGUCAGAUCGGACCUAUCUGAUGUCAGGGAGCUGUUGCAGUUUGUAAAGGAGAAUGAUGCCAUAGCACAAGAAAUUUCAGACAGGGGACGCCAGUUCAUCACAGAGCACUUGCAGAUGGAGGAUGUCUCCUGCUACUGGGAGCGUCUGCUUUCUGAAUAUUCCCAAGCCUUGACUUAUGAAGUGAAAAGGAAGAAGAGCUACAGUGAGAUUGCUCCUGAACGGUGGAAAACAGAACUGUAGAGACUUCUCUGUUUCUUCUUUUUUUCCAGGCUUCUUCAACUCAGACUGAUCUCUCUGGAAAUCUGAAGAUCAGUGUAUCUUCUUUCUUGUUC